AUGCCGCAUACAGGGCUAGUGGAUGAGGUGAAGGGAAUAUUUUUUCCUGUAGCAGAUUACGAUAAAGGAAUCCAACGAUCCAUUGGUGUCCCUGGGAUAGACAAAUACUUUAGAGAAGAAAAUAAGUUUGACGCAUAUGAAGAAUCAACAAAGAAGAUGCUUCUUGAAUCCGCGGUUGAAGAAAUUAAAGUUAAUACUUGCAACUUAGUUCAUCUACAACUUGAGAAAAUUCAACGAUUCUUGGAUGUGAAAAUGUUGUCAUUGAAUCGUAUUGAUGCGACCAAUGUUUUGAAGGAACAUGAAAAAGAAGGAGAUGAUGAUAAAUGGAAGCAUGAUGUGUUGAAACCCUUCCUUGAUAUCAUGGAAGAGUUUCUAAAAAAAUGA